AUGUGUGUAUUUGAGAGUGCUGCCUUUGGGAGAUUUAAGCCCUCUGACUUCGCAGCUGAGCCCUCCACCUCCGUUUUGCUUAAAUGCAGCCUCAAUGGUCUCAGUCAGAGCCUCCUAGGCUUUUAUUCAGGUUCUGAAUUUGUGAUAAAAAUACUAGAUGUGCAACACCCCUUCUCCCGUCGGGCCGCCCCGUUCCUCCCUGCCGGGGCGCGCGGCGCGGCUGCAGGCCGCUCGCCUCAGGAGGCGCGGGCCCUUGAGGAGGUGAGCGGCGCGGGCGGCCGCGAUACCCGCGGUGCUGAGAGCCGCGUCCCGCGGCCCUUUCUGGAGGGGCGAGCGGAACUGCUGCCCGGCACCGGCGCUCUGACUCGCUCCGGGGCUGCUUUCCUAGCCCGCGGUGCUUCCCCGCAGCGCGGAAGGAGAGGCCCCGGCGUGAGGCGCGAGCUGCGGGUGGGACCCGCGGACAAGCGGGAGGCGGCGACUCUAGUCAACACCAGUCUGUCCAGCGAUGACCUCCUCCUGGAAGACUUGGAGACAGAAGGAGAAAGGCAGCUGAAGAGCCUCCUUCACCACCAGCUUGAUACCAGUGUCUCCAUUGAGCAGUGCAAGUCAAAGCGGAAAUGCUUUGCCCCUGCAGCUUUCUACAAGCCUUUUGGGGAAGAGGCUGCAGGGGCUUUGAGCUUGUCACAGUUCCAGGCUCUGCAGGAGAGUGACAAGGAAACUGCUUCUCUCCGGGAACUGGGGCUCUCGGAUGCAGAGAUCCUGCUCUGGAAGAACCAGGCUUCAACAGAGAAGGGCUCGGGGCUUGGGGCAGCCCCUGAGGCCACGCAGGAGCGACUCCGUGCCAUCCAGGAGAAGAUGGAAGAGCGGCAGCGCAUCCUCGCACUGCCCCAGAGGUUUGCUGGCAGCAAGCAGCUGAGCCGGCGGGAGAUGGAGAUCGAGAACGCGCUCUUCCAGGGGACGGACCGGCACUCCUUCCUCCGGGCUCUCUACCACCAAGAUGACACUCAGAAGAGUACAGCAAACGAAAAGGACCCCAUGGUUCACCUGGAAACUGUUUAUCAGGAGCUGCUGAACAAGCAGUUGCCUGAGCAGCCACAGCCUGCGAAGUGUGAUCCACGCGUGCCGUUUUCUGUGCCCCGAAAGGAGGCCACGGAGGAGACAUCACUUCCUCAGCAGGGAGAGCAGGCAGAGCAGGAAAUAAGUCCCAGCCUUCCUGCAGCAAAGCCUCCUGAAUCUCCACUUAAGCCUGUGACUAUAAAAGAGCCUGUGGAGUUUGUUUCAGAAGAGGAGAUCUGUAAAAACAGGCUCUCGGAGGAAGAGAUCCGACGUAUUCCCAGGUUUGCCUCCUACCAUCCUGGGGAGCCCAGCAAGGUGCUGUAUUUGAAGAACCUGGGCCCUCGAGUGACGAUGAAGGACCUCGUGUCCUUGUUUGCUCGGUUCCAGCUGGAGAACAACCCACCAGUCCAGUUCCGCCUGCUGAGCGGCCGCAUGAGGGGCCAGGCUUUCAUUACGUUCCCUGAUAUUCAGGCAGCACAGAAGGCAAUGCAGCUGGUGAACGGGUACAAUCUGCAGGGGAAGCCGCUGGUUAUCGAAUUUGGGAAAAACAAGGGGCAUUCAUCCGAGACUGGCUCUGCCGCCACCUCCUCCAGUGCCGGAGAGAGCCCCCCUGGCAAGUAA